AUGAUAAGUAAAUUUAUCUUCAUUUGGUGCUUCUCAUAUUUACGUUCCGAAGCUCAAGCCGAACAUUCAUCACAAUAUUCCCAAGAAUCAUCUGACAAUAUUCAAUGCAUUUUUGAUGUUUCUCGGAAGAUUUACAAUGUAACAGAUUUAUUACGAUGCAUGGAUGAACUCGCUACUGAUACUCUUUUCGAUCAAAACAAUGACCGAUCGUUAAUCGUAGGACGAACAAGCCCAUUGGAUUCGUCAGUUUAUGAAGAAAAUUCUUACGGAUUUCCUUAUGGAAAUAUAAUCUUAAAUCUAUUUAAUAAUGCCCAAGUUCCAUCGGAAUAUCACGAUUUACCAUUAGGUUCUACUACUGGUAAUUUUCAAUUAAAUACCCUGAACAAUCCUCUUAAUCAAUUCGGCGGACUUGGAGCAAAUCUUUUCAAUGCUCUGUCAUCGAUCUCUCGCCACGAUGAUCUGAAGUGCGUGCCCAGAAUACUCUGCGAAGUGGCGAGUGGGAAGCCACCGGGAGAAUAUAAGCGAGCAUCAACGGGAGAUAACGAGCAAUAUUUAGGAGAAUUUGGAAGAAAUGCCUUCACGCAGUGGCUCGCCGGACUGGCGGAAGCAUCUCCCAUGCUGAGUUUUGCCCGAGCCGCCGUUUUGGGUUACAGCAGCAAUGGAAAUCCGGCCAUGUGUUACCGCGCGUUCCCGAGAUGUCCGCGUAAUCCCGACAAACUGGUGCAUUAUCUGAACAAUCAUAACGGCGGAUUCUUCCGGCUCUUCAGCGGAGGCGGACGCGAGAGUUAUCCUCAAUCAUCUUACGCUUUGCGAGGUAGAGGAUUGCACCAUAAUUCGGCAUUUCCCCGCGGAGAAAGAAAACGGAAAGCUCCGCCGCCGGGUAUCGCCGGGGCGGAGGCCGAUCGCACCGGAACGGGCAAGCUGAAGUUCGACAUCCCCGGAAAAUACAUUGGGGAACUCGGGUCGAGUGGUUUUCCCGGAUCACGAGGAAUCGAGUGA